GUUUGCACUUUGAAUCUUAUCUCGGCGUAGGUUUCUCGUUUGUUUCCUCCCUUUUUUUUAUAGUACCGGGUUCGUUUUUUUGUACAUGUGCACUAUUAUUUUAAACACAGGAAUACAUUUUAUUAAAAUCUUUUUUAUGAGAGAAAAUGGAGUGUGUAGACUUUCUAGAAUUUCAGGAUGCAUUAAAAAAAUUGAGGGAUGUGGAUGAUAAAAUAGUUUACGCACUGAAUGCCUCUGUACCCUCGCCAUCUUUCAGGAAGGAGAUAAACCCUGAGUCAAGUUGUAAAGAUCUUUUUGCUAAAUUGCAAGAAAGCCAUAGUAAAAGGGAAAAAGCUAUACAAAACUGCAUUAAGGUGACAAGCGAGAAAAUUGCUACGCUGAAACAAGACAAUGAAGGAAGUUUAGCAGCAGUAAAGCAUCUCAACAAAGAACAAACAAAGUUGCGUCUCCUUAGGUCAGAGCUGGGAGUAGAAGAAGUGGUCCGUGACAGAUCAUUAAAGCUGUACCAUGAAAGGUGUAGAGGGUUUUUCAAGCCUCCUAAUUUAGAUUUGGAGUGAACAUACUGUAUAGAUAAAACGAGUAAUAUGAAAUUAGAUAUUUUAAAAAUGUUUCUAGCAGCAGAUUGUUGGGGUCAAUUUUUGUUACAAGUUUGUUAUACUGAUGAAAAGACUGUUGAUAAAUUUUUUUGACUA